AUGGCGACCUCGACCUCCCCCGUCCCAGCAAAGGCCCUCAAGGAGUGGCACACCCCCGAGAGCCGUACCGAGGUCAUCCAUGAGCUCAUCCACGGUGUCGACAGGUAUAACCCUUCCAACCUUAGCUUCAUGGAGGAGUACCUCCAGUCGCAGGUUACCAACAGCGAGUACGACCUCCUCGCCAACCUUGCUGUCCUUAAGCUCUACCAGUUCAACCCCCAGCUCUCCAACCCCGACGUGAUCAUUAUGAUCCUCACCAAGUCGCUCGCUGCCACUGUCCACGGCCCCGACUUCAACCUCUGCCUUGCCCUCCUGAGGGAACCCUCCGCGAUCCUCCACGACAUUGAGUCCGAGGACGACACCCUCAUUGCCGUCAUGCCCUUCCUGGAGAACCUGCACGAGCUCGUGCGGUCAUGCCAGUUCACCAAGUUCUGGUCCGAGUUCAACGGCUCGAGCGACGCCGCCAACGCCCUGCACUCGAACCAGAACUACUUCCCGGCGUACAAGGGGCUGGUCCCCGAGCUCCGUGCCCAGUUUGCCUCGUCGAUCGCUGCCUCGUUCCGUCGCGUCCGUGUCUCCCAGCUCGCCCGCUGGCUCGACCUGCCCGCCGCCGAGGUCCCCGCUUGGGCCAAGGAGGCCGGCUGGGAGAUUGACGGCGACGUCGCUGUUGUCCCCGCCAACGGUGACAACGACGUCAAGGCCGGUGUCGUGAAGGAGAACGUUGAGCUUAAGCAGCUUACCAAGCUUGUUGCCGCGGCCGCGUACUAG